AUUUGUAAAUACUAGAUAGGCUUGUUUGCUUUCUGGACGGUGGUGGUGUUCGGUACUCUAACGUUACUGAUUUGAAAAAGGGGUUAAGUAGGUGGCAGUGCUCUGAAUCACCGUUUCGUUAAAAGUUUACGUAUCUGGGAAUGGUAUACUUGGAGGUGAAACUGUUCGUUUUGAGGGAGAUACAGCCUCAUGAGGAGUUCUUCUGGUCAUUGAGGAAGAAGUUCGUCGAGAACGUAAAAAACAAAAUAAAACACCUGCAGGAAGCCUUUUCAUUAACUUACACACCCCGUGCUUUGUUUUGCAAGAAAGGAUGGAUCGGAAGAUCAUCGUUUACGAAAGUUUAGUAAUAUUGAGACAAAAAUAAACCCUGUUCCCUUUUCCCACUCGAUGUACUUACCUGUUGUUUAUUUUUAAAGUAUUUCAAUAAGUGUGUAGUAGUUGAAUCUAGAGCACUGUAAUUAUUUUGAAUGCUGCAAGUAGGUUUCACUUUUCAUAUACAUCGUUGUUUGUUGGUGGAAUGAUUAUACGAUUUUUAAAUUUACAUCGGGUGUAUUUUUAAUCUUGCGGUCUGGCGUUAUGUACCUUCUUGAUCUAUAACAACUUGUUCUGCAAGGAAAAACAACAACACAUUUCAAAGGCAAUAUAUCUGCAGGUUCCCUUGGACAUAAUAGAGAAAAUGAAAAUCAGUUUUGACUCUGAUACUGGAAGAAGCCAGACAGGAAGCUGCCCUGUGGUCACUGCUAAUUGAAUCAGCCGGUUGCAAAUACAGCAGCAAAAUGGCAUUUCUGCAAUGGAUAUAAUAAACACCAGAGCACAAGACUGUGAGAAAUGCUGCCCCCGACUUACGUUCCGGGUUUCCACGACGAGGAGGCCGUGAGGGCGAUGCGGUACAAUGACCUCGGCACAACGGGCCUCAAGGUGUCCCACCUGGGGCUGGGUGGCGGCCCACUGGGGAUAUAUGGGGACUACCCCGAGGAGGAUGCGAUUGCGGCAGUGCGGGAAGCAAUCCGGCAGGGCAUCAACUACAUCGACACGGCACCCUUCUACGGCCUCGGGAGGUCUGAAGAAGUUCUCGGCAAGGCCCUGAAGGGCAUACCUCGUCAGGCGUACUACAUCGCCACCAAGGUGGGCCGCUACACUAUGGACCCGCGCACCAUGUUCGACUUCUCUGCACAGAAGACGAGGGAGAGCUUCGCGAAGAGUCUCAAACUGCUGCAGCUGGACUAUGUGGACAUCAUACAGGUGCACGAUGUGGAGUUUGUUCAGAACCCAGAUGUAAUUAUCCGGGAGACUCUUCCAGUGCUGCAGGAGUUUGUGGCAGUGGGUAAAGCGAGGUUCAUCGGCAUCACGGGGUAUCCUCUCGAGCCGCUCCGAGAGAUCAUUGAGAAGAGUGGCAGCGUGAAGGUGGACACGGUGCUGUCGUACACCAGAGACACUCUUGUAGACGACACACUACAGCGGCAUCUGCCAUUCUUCAAGGAGAAGGGCGUGGGCGUGAUCUGUGCGGCGGGCACGGCGAUGGGCCUCCUGAGCAGUACGGGGCCGCAGCCGUGGCACCCUGCGCCCCAGAAGCUGCGGGAUGCGUGCCGAGCGGCAGCUGGCUACUGCAAGGAGAGGAGUGUCGAGCUGGCCCGACUGGCGAUGCACCACGCUUUGACGCGCGAGGGGCAGGCGACACACGUCGUCGGAAUCAACAGCACACAAAUCCUGCGCUCCAACCUGCAGAUCCUGCGUGACGGGCUGACUUCUACAGAACAAGAGGUGCUGCGUGACGUCCAAAAGAAGUUCUUCGCUCAGCUGCCGGUGCGCCACUGGGAAGGCCUGGAGCUGACAAUGCUGAGGGAAGAGUGGCGGAAGCUGGGGAUGCUAUGAGUUGCGAGGCCUCGCAUAGUGAAAUGCAGGGCAUUGAAAGCUGUUCGUGUUGCCUCUCUGCUGUCAAAACUAUCCCUUCAAAAAUUCACCGUCUGCUCCUCUGCCAGUGGCUGGUGCCUCUGUAGCUCGAACAUACUGCAGUCAGCAUCCUAAACGGGCCGAGCUCGACCAUCCGUGCGGCUUUUGGUCACACUUGAGUUGAUUUUUUUGAAAGUUGCUGUUUGGAAUGUGUAUCCUAUAUUUGUAUAAAUGUGUACUCGCACUGAUUGUCAACAGUAUGAAAGGGGAUCUCACUGUCAAAGACGGGUCUUUUCACACUAGACAGAACAUCAAUACGAAGAUACUUUGUUACGUCUCCUUCAUGCUCUUCACAUCACAUUAAUUUUCUUAAGUGAUAGUGUUUCCUCCAUUUCUCUUCAAUUACACACAUUGUAUGAAAUAUGUACUACAAGAAAAUUUCUACUUUUUUCAUAAAAUGUGUGGUGCUCUGCUUUGGUUGCAUUUUUUGUAAUUCAUAUGAUUCUCUGUUUUAUUUACUUUCUUUUUCAUUCCCCUCAACUUUACUGUAUUUUCUUUUCUUCCUUCAUUCCUCUCAACUGCAAUAUCUAUGUUUUCUAUAAUUUGUUUUCAUUCAGGAGUAUACAUGAAACCAAACAUCUACCACAAAAAGAGUAAAGAAUAAAACUACACAUCUGUAUAUGAAAAAAGAAACAAUUAUAUUGUUGCUACUAUAUUUAUAAUUUAUGUCUCUUGAUCUGAAGAUUAAUCCUACUUAGUUAUAUCAGUGUGUCAUCAUUAUGUUACAAUCCCGCACACGGAAUAACUGAAGCCUUCUAUACAGCUUUGCCAAUUCACAACGUCACCUCAACCUAUGUUCCAAAAUAUUCUACAGAUGGAAUAAAAGAGAAAUAAUCAAGGUUUUGUUCUCUUCCUUUUUGCACAUGUAUGAUGUCACACAGCACAAUGUUGUUACAUCAUGGUGCAAAGUCAACAUCCAGUAUCAGUAGCUUCAGUUGACCCCCUUAUGCAGGGGUCUUCUUUAAAGACAAUGUAAUACUUUCAUUGCAAUGGUGGCUUUUCUGAAACUGCAAAUGCCCACUGCAUCUAGAUUAUUAAAGAUAUAUUCAGUAAAUAAAAAGUUUAUCUAUAAUCCAGAACUCACCCAUUUUAUUGAUUUUGUAUCAAUAUCUGCCAAAUAUACAUAAAUGUCAAUUCUCAGUACAGUCUGCAAAUCUUAGAACUCAAACUGGAGUGUGCUUCAAUAUUGCACCUGUGCAGUUCCGCUCAAACAGUGGAAGUGUUGUUCUUCAUUUUAUCAAACAAGAGAGUGGUGAAAUUCACUUUCACAUCUCUCUCAUGAGACAGUACGCUGUAAACCCAGUGAUUAAACUGCUUCUUUUAUGCUAAAAUUUUGUCCAAAUCUAACAGACUACCUGACGGUGAAUUAUUUUGGCUGUUUCACCUUCCCAUGUGGUGUGGGAAUAUCACAGUUUCCCUUAGCCCAUUACCAAACGGUGAAAAUGAGGUUAUGAGAUACCAUCACGAUACAUAGUCAGAAUACAGAAUCAGAACUAAGGAACUAGCAGUAAUAAAAUUUAUCAAUGACCAAAAUAAAAAUCAUAAAGAAUGGUCUUGACUGAAGAUGCGUUGUACAACUUACACACAGCUGAGAGGAAAAUGUGAUUUUUCUCCUGACUAGCCCUUUCACUAUUAAAAAAAAAAAAAGAGCGUUACAUUUGUUUCAUUAUUCUAUAUUGCUGUUGGUCCACAGUGUAAUCUCUAUUUGUCUGGGUAUUGUUAAAACCUAAAUUAUUUUUCCAUUUCACACUUGUAGGUAAAAAUGUACAAGUCGUCCUGCAACCUUUCACAAAAGCGAUGCAAAUAUUCAAGUAAAUUUUAAGAAGGCAAAAUUAUCCACUACUGAAUCACAGUUAAGUGAGUGUGGUGAGAUUAAAUUAAUUUUGAAAGGUAGCAGGUAAUGCUACCAACCCUCCGCAAACAUCAAAACUCCCUUCCCGAGAAUAGUUGACGGUGACAUUCUAUUGUGCCCCGUUCUGUUUUGUCCCAUUCCAUUCUGUUGGCAUUUCAGUGUUAAUCGACUUAAAACAGGCAGAACAAAUUUCAUGGUUGUACUAGUUUGUAAAGAUUGUAAAAAUCAAAAGCAGAGAGGGGGGAAGGAGUAAUCGAUUCAUAGGGAAUUUCCGAAUCACAUCCAGUCUCCACUUCUAGAUUAUUGUAAUAGAUCCUGCAAGGAUCUGAGAGAACAAACAACACACAAUUUCUGAAAGAAUGCUUGCCAUUGUUCUUCAUCUCUUGUCAUCUUUGUUCUCUUUCUGCUGCUACCUACUGUAUAAAAUGUAGUGAUGCUUUAGACACAGCACAUUUACACAAAAUAAGUCAACAUUUAGCCACCACAAGUAACCUCUUGUGGUGGAGCGUAGUUUGUGUACCAUUGUCACUUCCCUCCCUUUUGUUCCAGUAGCAAAUGGUGUGCGGGAAGAACAACUUUUAAGCCUCCACUUUGGCUCAGAUCUGUCUAAUUUUACCUUCGUGGGCUUUUUGCGAGAUAUUCAAAGGGGUAAUCAGUAUACAAGCUCAUUUUUCUUACGAGAUAUUCUUUCGCAUUUUCAAUAGUGAACCACACUGUAAUGCACAACACACUUGCACUUCCUGAACAAGCGUGUGGUGAAGCAUGUUGAGCUCUUAUUUGAAUGUUCCCUCUCGGCUACAUAAUUCACGACUGGUAAGAGGUAUAGAGAUGGAUGAGGACUAUUUGUGAUUCGUGAGUUUGAGAAUGGUUCCUCUGCCAAGAAAUGAGUCUGCUCUUCCCCCACCUUUGAUUGGCCUGGACUUACGCCCCCCACUGUAACAAUGCCAUGAUUAAAAGGACAUCAAAAUCACAGCUCCCCCCCCCCCCCCCCCCCAAUUGCUGCUCCCCCCUCCUCUCUCUCUCUCUCUCUCUCUCUCUCUCUCUCUCUGUCUGUCUCACUCUCUUCUUGUUCUCCUCCUCCUCUUUCCUCCUUGUGAGUGAGGUGGUGGUUUGAGUAAGGCCCUAGACUGGUAUUCAGGACAACCAACACUGUGAUUAGAUUUUUCCCCCACAAGCCCCUGAAUCAGCAAAGGUAAGUGCUGGGAUGGCUCCUAUUAAAACAACAGAGCCCAUUUCCUUCCCUGACCAUACUGGACUUGUACACAAGAAAGGCGGUUGAAACACGACGUCAGUUAAUGGGAAUGCUGAGAUGUCAGCAGUUCUGUCUUCAGGUCGAUACAGUGAGGAAGGUUUCCGAGUGUAAAGUGUGCAGAACUGAGCUUUUUACUUGACUUAUCCACAUCCUGGCGCCAUCUCAGUUUAUUAUCCAUCUGGAUGCCCACUGACCUCUACUUCUGGCACCUUUAAGAUACUUUUAUUUGUUUUGUAUUGCCUCACACAAGUGUUUGCAAGAUUAUAGGUUAAGCUCCAGAAUGAAUUUUCACUCUGCAGAAGUGUGUGCACCAGUUUUGAAACUGUGUGCCAGACCGGGACUCCAACCUGGGACCUUUGCCUUUCACAGGCAAGCCCUCUACCUGCUGAGCUAUCGCAGUACGACUCUCAUUCCGCUCUCAAGGCUUUUAUUUUCACCAGUACCACUUCUCUGACCCCCCUGAACAAGACAUUUCUGGAUACAAUGUGGGGCUGUCACUUCCAGAAAAAAGGAUAGACAGAGAAGUGGCUUAGCUGCAGCCGAGCCAAUUGCUUCACUCCACUGUGUAAUCAGGAAUUAUUCAGAAGCUACUAAUCAUGAGCUAUACAAUUUAACGUGUAAUCCCAAGUACAAAUUGCAGCGCAUCUUGGCAACUCUGUGAAUGUGUUGCACAGAUUUGUGGUAAUGAAGCUUUCACUGAUGACAAGUACAACCAUUAAAUUUGCUGCUGUAGCUCAUAAUUAUUAGGUCAUACUGUACUGGAACAAACUAUCAUAAGGUUUUAUUAACUUCUGCUGACUGCAGUAGAAUGACUCUAAGUAGCAAAGUGUUACAUCAAGUACAUGUGGGAUGACAGUGUGGAAAAUAACUUGUCCAUACUGCAUUUUUCGUAGCAUGGAGGAUAUGCAGUUCUCAAAGUUAUUGACUGAGGCCUCUUGCUGUUCUCAGACUUAUGUUUGUAUGAUCCUCGCCUCUUUAGAAUUUACUGAUGUGGUACAAAACUUAUACCCCUUUAAAUAAAGAAUUCUGACUUUCAAUAGUCGCAGGAACUUCAGUUUGUAUUUUUGUCAGUCUGUAAAUAAUUUAAGAAAUUAGGAUGACACCUCAUCAAAUAUUAGAGGUGCUGAGUUGUUGUAUGGCUCAUAAAUGAGAGCAAGAACUUUACUAUUAGCUUUAAGAUGAAUCCUCCUCAAGUGCCCUGCCUACUCCACAUGACACAGCCCCUCAAACCAGUCGUGCUGCCGUGUGCGUGCACAUGCACGUGUGUGCGUGUGUGUGUGUGUGUGUGUGUGUGUGUGUGUGUGUGUGUGUGUAAGAGAGAGAGAGAGAGUGAGUGGGUGGGUGGGGGAAUUGCACUUUGGGAUUUGUCUGGAAGCUAGGAAAUUCCUCUCUUUCCUUUAUGUGCCUUUUGACAACUCAGUGUACCUAAUAUUCAGGAGGUGUUACCCUUAUUGCUAGAAUUAUUUAUAUUCCCCCAGGACCUUCCAUUACCAGUUUUGUCAGUCUGGACUUAUUUGGGGGGAAGGGGGGGAAUCUUGUACAAAUGUGGGCAUCAUAAAAUUGCCAUUGCCAUUGCUUUUAUCCACUGUCCAUUGGCGACUGAGUAUAUGGUGAACUAAUUUUAAGAAGUUGGUGGUAGGUCACCUUUCGAUAUUCUAAUAUGUGCUGUGUUUGAACAGAACAGUUCUCGUUUUUAGUGUUUAUAGUAAAAUGAUUUUUUUUUAAAAAAAAAAGCUUGAAGUAAAAGGACAUUGAGUGUGAGCAGAAAGUGGCCUCUAUUUGCCCAGAAAUUUAAAAAAAUAAUAAAAGUAAUCUUUUAUACAUAUUGUUUGACACCCGGCCUGUUUGAUCAGCAGUGACCAGUUUUUCCUCCCCUUUGUCUCUGCAACCACUUCUCCCUUCAUUUGAUAAUUUGUGUAAAUCACAGUGGAGAGGUGAGUCUGCUGUGUUGAUGAAACUGUGUUCCAUCAGUCGGCUCUUCCCCUUUGCCCGAGGCUGUACGGUUUUCUGUACACACAAUAUCAGGGAUGUUGGGCACAAAAGAAUGGCUACGAGAUGGCCAGUAUUGACUCCUUUCCAUCCGGUGCCGAACUAAGCAGAUGAUAUUGUCUGUAGAAUCACUGUAUGUUAGUAUUUUGUUAUUCUGACUGUAGAGAUUUCAGUUUCAUCUGUACAAAACUGUAAGCAGUCAUUACCUCUGUCUCUGCUCCCGCAGCACAGGUACUCGGUGCUUUGUAUGCUGCCUGCAGUGUUUGUGGGGGCAGUGGGUACUCCCAUCUCCCCUUUUGUGCACAUUGUCAUUUGUAAUGCUCCAUAGAGAGCAGUUCAUCAUUUCCACAACAACAAAAGACUUAUUUAAUUUUCUGUCUCUACUGCCAAUACCAGUUACCUUAAUUCAUACUUUUUCUAUAUAUUUUAAUUGUCUGACUGCUUGAUUACUUUGUUAAAUAAAGUACAUAAUCUGACAA